CCGGUCUAGCAAAUAGACUUCUGAGAUUUCACGGCGAACGGGUUCGUCUUGAAACCCUCCUACCAUCUCCGCUGUGCUUAGGUCAAUGUCAGAUUACAGCAAUCUUUUGUUCAAUUCAUCUCCAUUAUCUGCGUUUCACGUAUGAUUUGCAAUCGUUCUCUCUUCUCUGCCCAUCAAUCUCUCUCUCUUGGGAUUUCAACGGUUUAAGGUCAAGUGCUCCUUGGAGGACGGGAGGGCAAGUCUAGAAAUCACAGAUUCUGGUACCAGAGGCUUCAAAACAUGGCAGAUCUAGAAAAUUUACUUCUUGAGGCUGCGGGAAGAACUAAGGCAUCCGGGAGAAAUCGACACUCUCAUCCACCAUCACGAAGACAGCGCGAAGGUUCAUAUUCUGAUGCUGGAAGUGACUCGAGGGAUGAUGACUCAGAUGAUGAACGUGGUUAUGCGAGCAGGAAGCCAUCUGGAUCUCAGGUUCCUCUGAAGAAGAGGUUAGAUCCUAAUGAGAGGGAUGAUGAUGUGGGCAGCCCAGAAGAAGGGGAAGACGAAGAUGUUGGUUCAGAACACGAGGGUGACAGCAGUGAUGAGUCUGAUGUUGGGGAUGAUCUUUACAAAGAUGACGAUGACAGGCGCAAGCUUGCUGGUAUGUCUGAACUUCAAAGGGAGAUGAUUCUUUCAGACAGAGCAUCGAAGAAGAAUGAUAAGCAUUUAUAUGAAAGCUUGAGAUCUAAGAUGGAUAAAGGGAAGGCUGCCCCGUCUCGGAAAGAAAAUCCUCCUCUCCCGUCAUCUCGUAUUAGAUCGUCAGCCCGAUCUGCUGAUAGAGCAGCUGCAAAAGAUGAUGCUUUAAAUGAAUUGCGUGCAAAAAGGUUGAAGCAGCAGGACCCUGAGGCUCACCGCAAAUUGAGAGAUACAUCUAGAGGAAACGCAAAUAAUCGAAGGUUCUCACCAACAAAGCGAAAGCCCUUCACUGCUCCUAGUUUGAGUAGCUCAAGCCAAAGUGAAAGUGAAAGUAGGUUUCAAAGUGACGAUGAAGGAUCUACAGGAGAUGGUGGAAUGAUUGACAGUGACGAUGAAAGAACCAUGCCUGGUUCAAAUGGGCCAACAUUUGAUGAUAUCAAGGAAAUUACUAUUCGUAGAUCAAAGCUUGCAAAAUGGUUAAUGGAGCCAUUCUUUGAGGAGUUGAUUGUUGGAUGCUUUGUGAGAGUCGGAAUCGGGAGAUCAAGAUCUGGGCCUAUCUACAGGCUCUGCUUGGUGCGCAAUGUUGAUGCAACAGAACCUGAUCGUCAGUAUAAACUCGAGAACAAAAUCACGCAUAAAUAUCUUAAUGUUAUUUGGGGAAAUGAAAGUUCUGCUGCCAGAUGGCAAAUGGCUAUGGUUUCGGACUCUGUUCCACUCGAGGAUGAAUAUAAACAGUGGGUGAAGGAAGUAGAGCGAACGGGCGGUCGGAUGCUGAGCAAGCAGGAUAUCUUGGAGAAGAAGGAAGCUAUACAGAAAGCCAACAACUUUGUGUACUCAGCAGCCACAGUGAAGCAGAUGUUGCAGGAGAAAAAAUUUGCCUCAUCAAGGCCAUUAAAUAUUGCAGCUGAGAAGGACCGACUGAGGAAUCAGAUGGACGUAGCACUAAGCAAAAACAAUGAAGCUGAGGUGGAGAGGAUCAAGGCAAAACUGCGCCAAUUAGACGCAUCCAGGAGGUCACAAAUGAAAGAUGCCAAGGCUAUUAGGUUAUCUGAGAUGAACAGGAAGAAUAGGGUGGAAAACUUCAAGAAUGCAUCAGAACUAAGACCCACGAAAGAUUUGAAAGCCGGUGAGGCUGGUUAUGAUCCCUUCUCUAGGAGAUGGACGAGGUCGAGGAAUUAUUAUGUUUCAAACGCUGGUCAAGUCGAUGGGGCUGCCGAGGCAGCUGGCAACAGUGACAAUAUAACUCCUGCAUCAGAGAGUACUGGAACAGGAUCUGGAGAAGCUGGUGUGGCAGCUACCGCAGCAGCUUUGGAAGCUGCUGCUGGUGCUGGAAAGUUGGUCGAUACUAACGCUCCAGUAGAUGGAGGAACAGAAUCGAACUUGCUGCACAACUUCGAGCUGCCUAUAUCAUUGACUGUGCUUCAGAAAUUUGGUGGUGCUCUGGGAGCUCAAGCUGGGUUCUUAGCAAGGAAACAAAGGAUAGAAGCCACAGUUGGGCGUCAAGUCCCUGAGAAUGAUGGUAGGCGGCAUGCACUGACACUCACUGUUAGCGACUACAAGAGAAGAAGAGGGCUUCUUUGAAACUCAAUAGUCUGUUCUGGUCUUCAAGGUAAGUGCUAGAAGCUCCAUUAAAUUUUAGCAACAUGCCCUGCCUGAUUGUGGGAAAUACUGGAAGAGAUCUGUUUGCUUCUGAUUAAAGAUUUCUUAGUAAAAGAUUAUAACGCUCCUCUGUUUCUUCUUCUUAGGGUCAAUUUAAUUCGCAAAUUUUAAGCAUAGUUUUGUCUUGAUCUAUCUACCUUUAGAGCUCAUAUCUUGUGUACGUAGCAAUGAUAAUUGUAUAGGCUGAUUCAUUUUGGUGUCUCUAUUUUUCUCAACUUAGUGUGAUUAUUGCAUUUUAUU